UGCGCGUGCGCGGCAAAACUGCGUCAGUCGAGUUCUCCCCGACUUCAUUGUCACUCGCUUACUAGUACGUCGAAGCCUUAAAAGUGGUAUAAGAAAAAUAUACAUCGAAUGAAAAAGUUAAUCGUUCGUACGCUGGGAUUUUUCUGAGAAGAUAAGAACGUUACUACUAGGAGGAAAUAAAUUUUGAAAUGAUACCAACAUGGCGACAGAUACUAACAAAAUUGUUCCUAAUUCCCCAGCGGUACGUCUUGGGCAUCAUGGGUCUGCUCGCCGUCUGCAACGCGUACACCAUGCGAGUGUGCCUCAACCUGGCUGUCACACAGAUGGUCAAAGAUAGCAGCAACAGCAGUGGGCAUUACGACCCCAAUGCUUGCCCGGACGAUAGCCAGAUUAUAUCCAAUGGGACUGUCAGUAGCAAACCUCACGCAAUAUUCGACUGGUCGGAGUCCACUCAAGGGCUGAUACUCAGCGGGUUCUACUACGGAUACGCAGUUACGCACGUCCCUGGGGGAUACUUAGCAGAGAGAUAUGGAGGAAAAUGGACACUUGGAAUAGGCCUCUUAAGCACAGCUGUGUUCACACUCUUGACGCCUGUGGUGGUCAAGGCAGGAGGUGCGACAUGGUUGUUCAUCCUUCGAGUUUUGCAGGGCAUGGGAGAGGGUCCUACAAUGCCCGCUCUCAUGAUAGUGUUAGCGCGGUGGGUACCGCCGCACGAGCGUGGGCGCCAAGGUGCCAUAGUUUUCGGUGGCGCCCAGAUUGGCAACAUCUUUGGGUCCUUCAUGUCUGGGUUCCUUAUGGCCGGAGAUGGGGACUGGGCUAAUGUCUUCUACUUCUUUGGAAUGUUUGGCAUCAUUUGGUUCGUUUUUUGGAGCUUGCUAUGCUACAGCACGCCAAACACGCAUCCGUACAUAUCCGCAGAAGAGCUCAAGUACCUGAACGAACAUGUGACCAGCUCAGAGAAGUCCAGCAUUCGAGACCCCGUGCCUUGGAAGGCUAUCGUGAGAUCUGUUCCAGUCUGGGCGCUGCUGUUUGCUGCGGUUGGUCACGAUUGGGGCUACUACACAAUGGUGACAGACCUGCCAAAGUACAUGACUGACGUCCUGAAGUUCAACAUAGCAGCCACGGGCACCCUCACCGCGAUCCCUUAUCUCGCCAUGUGGAUUAGCUCCUUUAUCUUCGGACUGGUCUGCGACUAUUGCGUCAAGAAGAACUGGCACACGAUCAAGACGGGACGGAUUAUUCAUACUACUAUUGCCGCCACGGGUCCGGCCAUUUGUAUCAUAUUGGCGUCGUACGCCGGCUGCGACCGGCUCGCAGCUGUGGCUUACUUUAUCGCCUCCAUGGCGCUAAUGGGAGGAUUCUACAGCGGAAUGAAGGUGAACGCCCUGGACCUCGCGCCAAACUACGCGGGUUCCCUAACGGCUAUGAUUAACGGCACCUCCACCAUCUCCGGUAUCAUCACGCCCUACCUGAUAGGGCUAUUGACGCCGGAUUCAACGUUAGCCGAGUGGCGAGUGGCAUUCUGGGUCUGCUUCGCCGUGCUGGUGGGCACCAACGUGGUGUACUGUAUCUGGGCGGACGGCAAGCAGCAGUGGUGGGACGACGUACGGCAAUAUGGCUACCCUGAUGACUGGAAGCACGGACCUUUGUCCAAAUCUGACACGGAUAAUGAGAAGAGCAAAAAAGCUGAAGCUACGGCGUUCUGAAAUGUUAGAACUAUUAUGUAAAUGUAUCACUUGGUGUGAAUGCGCCUUUUAAAGAUAUCUUCGAAUCACAAAAUAUAAAGGAAAAUGAGUCACAAUUACAUAGUGGCAACUUUGUAGUGUCGUUUCUUAUACAAAUUGACUUAUAAGGUACACUACAAUGCCACUUUUUAAUUUUAACUCUUUUGUGACGGACUGUAGUGUAACUUUUGAUUUGAAGACGCCUAUGUUAAUGUAAUGGGUUGCAACAUUUCUGAAAUGUUCUUCAUUCAAUACGUAAAAAAAAAUUUGCACUAAAUGUCUAAUUACUUGAGAUGACUUACGAUUUUUGACUUCUAAGAUUUUUGUACUAAUGAUGAUUUUUAUAGGUUAUUUAUUAAAAACAGAAUAUAAAACAAGAAUUGAGUGAGUAGCAUAAAUAGUAUUAGUCAAUUCCAAGAGCUCUUUAAUUAAUUUGCGUAGAUAUAAAAUUAAUUAAAGUUUUCGAUAUAAAUGAAAAUUGUCCUCAGCAAAUAUUUAGAGGCUAUUGCGCAAUUUCUUUCGUAAAUACCUAUUAAGUUAGUAUAUAUCACUUCGGUAAUUUGAUGCCAUAUAUUAUAAAUCUAUCAAUUGAUAGGCAAUCAAGAUGAAAUGCACUCAGCAAAAGUGUAACACAUAAUAAACAAAAUGAAUAUUAGAUGUAUAUUACCACCUUUAUCGUGAUCGAAUUAUAAAAGAAGUUUACAUAAGCCAUUUUAGCAAGAAGUUGAAACCCAAAAAAAAAUCAGACACUUUAAAAAUAAAACGAUAGUAGACGUUUUAUUUUUAAAGUGUCUGUGAAUGUAGAUAAAAUCAAAUUCAUAAGCAAUUAGUGUAUAAACAAAAUAUGUAUUUAAUAAAAUAAUAACGUUCCCUCAAGUUUAAUAGUCCAUUAAGUGCCAUGCAUUUCUUUAAUACCGUACGGAAAUUAUUUAAAUACGAUAGUUAGGUAGACGAGUACAAAUAGUGUAUCUACCUAAUUUAUACGAUAGGUAAUUAUUUAAUAUAUAUAUGAAAUAUACGCACUUUUGUAAAUAUUUAUCUUCAGUGAUUAAAAUUAAUUUUCAAAAAAUAUGUAACAAUUGCUGAUUAUUUUAGUUCAAUGUUUGUACCGUAUUACCGUAAUAUUAUGCCAUUAUUGAUUUUAAGUGAAAUAAAUGUAUUAUUAAGUAUUA